AGAAGAAACAUGGUGAAAGGGAUAGGUGUAAGAAAAGUAUGGGUCAAAUGAUUUACGACUCUGGUCAUUUCAUAUGAUUGGUAUGUGUAGACAAUACAACGGGUGGGUCUUCUCUGGGUUGAAUUUAUCAGAGGGAGGAAAGACACAAAAGGAAGAGGGGAGGAAAGAGUCCAAAUAAAGCAGGCUUGAACCAACGGUUGAAUUUGUUUACAAAAUCUUUGAAAUUUCAACGCAGCAAGUUUCCGAGAAAAAAUCAACAGCUCUUGUUCAUUACUACCCACUCACCGUAUGCUUGUUUCUAUUCCAGUUAGAUUCACAAUCUAUCCUCUAAAAUUUUAGCUUAUUCCGAUGGUUAGCAGUAGUAGCAGAAACUCCUCAACUUCACCUACGGUGACAUCAUAUGCCAGAAGAAAUUCUAACUAUGAUGUGUUUGUGAGCUUCCGAGGUGAAGACACUCGCUACAAUUUCACCGAUUUUCUUUUCGACGCCUUUCAAACAAAAGGCAUUUUUGCGUUUAGGGAUGACAAUAAUCUUCCAAAAGGUGAAUCUAUUAGACCCGAGCUCCUUUAUGCAAUCCAACACUCUCAGAUUUAUGUUGUCGUCUUCUCAAGGAACUAUGCUUCCUCAAUUUGGUGCUUGCAAGAACUAGUAAAGAUAUGUGAAUGCGUUCAAAUGUAUGGAAAACAUGUUCUUCCUGUUUUCUAUGAUGUUGAUCCUUCUGACGUCAGACAUCAAAAAGGAAUUUAUGCUGAGGCAUUCGCCAAACAUGAACAAAGAUUCCAACAUGACUCUCAGAUGGUGCCAAGAUGGAGGAAAGCUCUAACACAGGUUGCAAAUCUCGCUGGAUGGGAUCUGCGUCAUAAGCCACAAUCUACAAUCUGCAAAAAGAUUGUUCAAAAGACAAUAAGUAUAUUGGAUUGCAUAUCUUCAUCUAUUUCAAAAGAUUUAGUUGGUAUGGAUUCUCAUAUUCAAGAAUUAGAAAAGCUUUUACUUUUGAAAUCGGUUGAUGAUGUUCGUGUGGUAGGAAUUUGCGGGAAGGGAGGAAUAGGGAAGACAACUCUUGCUACUGUUUUAUAUGAUCAAAUCUCUCAACAAUUUGGUGCAUGUUGUUUUAUUGAUGAUGUAAGCAAAAUAUAUAGACUACAUGGUCCACUCGGUUUACAAAAGGAAAUUCUAGAUCAAACUCUCGGUCAAAAGCAUCAUCAGAUAUGCAAUCAAUACAACGCAGCUAAUCUGAUACGACGUAGGCUAUGUCGUCAAAAGGCCCUUAUGAUUCUUGAUAAUGUUGAUCACAUUGAACAACUGGAAAAAAUAACCGUGCAUCGCGAAUGGUUUAGUGCCGGUAGUAGAAUCAUUAUCAUUUCUAGAGAUGAGCAUAUAUUGAGUCAGUAUGGGGUGGAUGCAGUUUACCAAGUUCCUCUCUUGAGUUGGACUAACUCUCGUAAAUUAUUGUGUCGAAAAGCUUUCAAACCCGAUCACAUUUCAAAUAGUUAUAAAGGAUUGGUUAAUGGCAUACUAAAUUAUGUCAAUGGCCUACCACUAGCAAUUAAAGUACUGGGUUCAUUUUUGUUUGGCCGAGAUAUAUCCGAAUGGAAAAGUACAUUGGCUAGUUUGAGAGAAAAUCCAGACAAAGGUAUCAUGAAUGUGCUGCGAUUAAGUUUUGAUGGGCUAAGGGAGACAGAAAAAGAAAUAUUUCUUCAUAUUGCUUGUUUUUUCGACACGGAUAUGAAGAAAUAUGUUAAAAAUGUUUUAAAUUGUUGUGGAUUUCAUGUUGAUAUUGGAUUAAAGGUUCUCAUUGAAAAAUCCCUCGUAAGCAUUGAAGAUGAAAAGAUUGUAAUGCACGAUUUGUUGGAAGAGCUAGGCAGAAAAAUUGUUGCAGAAAACACAAUCAAAGAGCCCACAAAGUGGAGAAGGUUGUGGUUCGACAAACAAUUGUUGGAUGUUACGUUGGAAAAUAUGGAAAAGAAUGUUGAAGCUAUAGUUUUGGAUCAUUAUCAUGAAGAUUAUAGUCACGUUGAUGAAGAUAUCAAUGCGCCUCAAAUUAUCACUGUGAUUCUGAAAGUUCACAUGCAUUGUGAAGCUUGUUCACAAGAAAUCAAAAAACGGAUCGAGAGAAUCAAAGGAGUGGUAUCAGCAGAACCGGAUCGGAACAAGUCACUAGUGACAGUGAAAGGAGUAUUUGAAAGUGAUAAAUUAGUUGAAUAUGUUUACAAGAGAACCAGAAAACAAGCUGUGAUUGUGAAACAAGAGCCGGAGAAGAAAGAAGAAGCAAAAGAAAUUAAGGAAGAAAAGAAGAAAACUGAGGAGAAGGACAAGAAUGAGAAAGGAAGUGGUGAAGGAGAAAUUAAGGAAGAAAAUAAGAAAACUGAGGAGAAGGACAAGAAUGAGAUAGGAAGUGGUGAAGGAGAGGAAAAGAAAGAAGUUGCAACGGGAGUUGAAAAAAUAGAUGGCGGCCGCGAUGGUGGUGAUGGAGAGGAAAAGAAAGUUGCAUCGGGAGUUGAAAAACCAGAUGGCGGCGGUGGUGGUGAUGGAGAGGAAAAGAAAGAAGUUGCACCGGGAGUUAAAAAAUCAGAUGGCGGCGACGGUGGUGGUGGUGGUGCAGAAGAAACCACGGCGGUGGAAACGAAGAAAAAUGAGUAUUAUUAUAAUCCACCAAGGUAUGGUAUGGAGUUUUAUGCUUAUCCUGCACGAGGGUCACAGAUUUUUAGUGAUGAGAACCCCAAUGCUUGUUCUGUAAUGUAGUAAAAAAAUUAUUCAAGAAUGAUAAGGGUAAGGGUAAUAUUGGAGUUAUGAAAGAUUCUAUGAGUGAAAUGUGAGUGAUAGCCAUAUCCUGGGUAAAAUUACUAAAAUGUGCUGCCCUAUGUACUUUUCCCUGCAAUAGAAAAGUGUAAUCUACGGAUCAACUGUAGAGUUUUGAAAUGCUUA